GUGCUGGCAGUUAGAAUAGAAGAGCUAAGCACAGAAUGUAGAAAACACAACAAAACCAAAUAAAUAUGUCGAAACAUGCAUACACGAGUCGAAUGGAUGAGCGUCUCGCGAGGCCAUAGAAUCGCGACCACGCGUACCAUAGUUCAGUCAGCUUUUUGAAAGUGUCGCAAAAGGUUCGAAUGCAUACAUUUUUUGAUAAAGAAUCCGAACUUUUUUGUUACGCAUAUAAUACAAGGGAUGUUUGUGUCGAAAUAAACUAUUUGAGUGUGGCGCUUAAACAAUUAAACGUAAAUAAAUAACAAUUAUAUAGGAAUAAGGUGAAAACAGCACUGUAUAUAGACACCUACCUUGUAUGUAUGUAUGCAAGUGUGUGUUUAUGUUUUUAUCCGUUAGCUGUGUUGAAGGACAUUUGUAUUAGAGCUGGUGAGAAGGUGAGAAUAGCGAAUCAAAUAGUUUGAAUAUGGAGCGUAUAUUGCGUGGUAUUAUGCGUUAUCGGAAUACGACACGCGAACAGAUGGUGAAGGAAUUCCAAAAAGUUCGCGAUAAUCCUGAGCCCAAGGCUGUUUUCUUCACUUGCAUGGACAGUCGUAUGAUACCAACCCGCUACACAGAUACCCACGUCGGCGAUAUGUUUGUAGUGCGUAACGCUGGAAAUGUGAUACCACAUGCCCAACACUUUCAGGAUGAAUACUUUAGCUGUGAACCAGCAGCACUUGAAUUGGGAUGCGUCAUCAACGAUAUACGCCAUAUUAUUGUGUGCGGUCAUAGCGAUUGCAAGGCGAUGAACUUAUUAUAUAAACUACAGGAUGAGGAAUACUCAUCACAAUUAAAUAGACGUUUAUCGCCGCUACGUUCCUGGAUGUGGACACACGCUAACAGUAGUCUCGAGCAUUUUAAAUCCUGGAGAGAUGAAGGCAUGCAAGGCCCUUUGUCAUUCUCAUCUGAAACACCUCUACGUCGUUUUGUGGCUUAUAUUGAUCCGGAAAAUAAAUUUGCUAUGGAGGAUAAAUUGUCGCAGAUCAAUACAUUACAGCAAUUAUCGAAUGUGGCUUCGUAUGGUUUCUUGAAAAAGCGACUUGAAUCGCAUGAUCUCCAUAUACACGCGCUAUGGUUUGAUAUUUACACUGGUGAUGUUUAUUAUUUUAGUCGUGGUGCUAAACGAUUCAUUCCAGUUGAUGAGAGUACAGUUGGACGGCUUACCGAAGAAGUGCGCCGCUAUUACUCAUGACGGCCAUAAUAUUAAAAUAAUAUAACAUAUGCGCGUAGUGUUAAUCAAUGAAAAAACGUUGACUGUGAUAGGAAUCUGAAUAAAUUGCAUUUAAAUGCAGUACAAAACAAUACUAGCCAAAUUCUUGAAUUUAAAAAUUUUUAAAUUUUCUAUUUACAUAUGUAUGUAUAUGUAGCUGUAAGGGCAUCAUGUUAAGUUGAGAUGCGCAUUGAUUGGAAAUUUAUAUUCUCAAAUGUAUAUUUAAUAAGAGUUAAAAAAGUAAUAAGUGGUAUAGUUGUAAAAAUGAUUUAUUAACCGCUUAUAUUAAUUUAAGAUAGUAUAUUGUAAUAGCUUUCCACAUCAUUAUUGUAAUGUACAUAUAAAGACAUUUCUGUAUCGUAAAUUUUAUAUUUAUAUAAUAAAGCGUGAAAAAUCUUUUAAAUUUCA